AAAACAUAUGAUACUAUUAAAUGAAUUUGUGUAACGAUAAGAAAAACUAAUAUUUUCUUGACUGUUUGAAAAAAUAUUAAAAUUAUAUAAAAGAUUUUAUGUUUAAUUUGAAAUGGGGCAGUUAGAGGAAAUAAGCGUUUUAAAAGGUCAUAAAGGGAUAGUUUGGGGUGCAAAUUGGAAUCCGAAAGGAGGUGCGUUUGCUUCGUGCGGGGAAGAUAAAACAAUUAGAAUUUGGUCUCGUAGUGGUUCUAAAUGGUCAACAAAAACAAUAUUAUCAGAUGGUCACCAAAGAACCAUAAGAGACGUAGCAUGGUCACCUUGUGGGCAAUUUCUAGCUUCUGCCAGCUUUGAUGCCACUACUGCUAUUUGGAGUAAAACCUCUGGAGAAUUUGAAUGUAAUGCGACAUUAGAAGGACAUGAAAAUGAAGUUAAAAGUUGUGAUUGGUCAAAAUCAGGAAAUUUAUUAGCGACGUGUAGUCGAGAUAAAUCUGUUUGGGUGUGGGAAGUAGCUGGUGAUGAUGAAUUUGAAUGCGCUGCUGUACUUAAUGCUCAUACACAAGAUGUAAAAAAAGUUAGAUGGCAUCCCCAUAUAGACAUAUUGGCUUCUGCAAGCUAUGACAAUACAAUUAAAAUGUUCAAAGAAAACCCAGCAGAUAAUGACUGGGAAUGCAUUGCAACAUUAGCUUCACAUACUAGCACUGUUUGGAGUAUAUCAUUUGAUAGUACGGGAAAUCGAUUAGCCUCUUGUAGCGAUGAUCAAACAGUUAAGAUAUGGCAGGCUUAUCCACCUGGUAAUGAGGAAAAUAUAGCAACACCUGAUAAUGAAACAGCAUGGAAGUGUGUUUGUACAAUUUCUGGUAUACACACAAGAAGCGUAUACGAUAUUAGUUGGUGUAAACUCACAGGGUUAAUAGCAACUGCUUGUGGGGAUGAUGCUAUUAGAAUUAUCAAAGAAGAUGAAAAUUCAUCUAAAAAUGAGCCAACUUUUAGCGUGGUUGCAACAGUUCAUCACGCUCAUGCUCAAGAUGUAAAUACCGUAACAUGGGAUCCAAUCACUCCUGGACAAUUACUUUCAACUAGCGAUGAUAGCUCUAUAAAAAUUUGGCGAUAUGUAGAUUAAGACAAACAAUAUUUUUAUUGUUUCACGUCUAAUAAUAACUUAGAGUUCAUGCAUAAUAGUGACUCCAAUUUCCUAAAGGAAUAAAGUUUUUAUACAAUGUACAAUAUAUAUAAUCCUAUAAUCGUAA